AUGAUUAUCUCACUUCCGCAAAACGGUCGAAAGGACAUCGAUGAAACAGAACAGAAGAAGUCAGAAGUAAUGCGGCAGUUUACUCGUCAACUUCAAGAACGAAAUGAGAUGGAUCAAGCAGAAACAGCAGCAUCAGCGACGCCUACUCCACCAUCGACCAAGCCAAAUUCAGUUUCUCCUGAGCCUCCUGUGGAAGCAACUUCCAGUUCAGCGUCUGCGGAAGAACAAAAGCCUUUAGAGAAAGAAUCUACACCAGAAGUUAGAGAAGAUUCACAACAAGAAUCAACACCAGAAAUGAAACCACCUGAAAGCCAACCAGCGCCUGACGAACCUGCACCAGCCGUCGAAAGUGUAGCAGAGCCAGUCGCUGAAGUCGCUGAACCAGUUGUAGAACCGCUUUCUUCGGCCGAAGAAGAAGAAGAAGCUGACCGUCCCUCUUCUGCCGCAACUCCUGAAAUCCCUAUUGAAACUGAAGAGGCCGGCACUGGAUCAGAGGCGUAA